AUGCAGCGCUCUCUCGUACGCCUCUCUGGCGCUACCGCCGUCGCAGGCACUCCCUCACCGUACUGCUGGGUCAACCCCGCCCAACCGGGCCCCUCGAGCGCGAUCAAGGACAACAUCAGCUACUCCGGCGCACCGACCACUUGCGGCUCGGACAUUCUCGACGGCUAUGUCCCGCCAUACGACGCUACGUGCGUGCGCCGUCUCGUCGACGCCGGUGCGCACAUCAGCGGCAAGACCAAGCUCGAUGCGUUCGGUAUGGGCAGUGCGAACCUGCACAUGCGUCCCGACUGGGGAGUACCGCACAACCCUGCUGGGCCAGAAGGCUCGAAACCGCGCGUGACGGGUGGAAGUAGUGGUGGUUCAGCCGCCGCCGUUGCAGAUGGCAGUUCUUGGGCUGCGCUUGGAACAGACACUGGCGGCAGUGUACGACUGCCUGCAGCCUACUGCGGCGUCGUCGGCCUGAAACCCUCUUACGGUCUUGUCUCUCGGCACGGCGUCAUCGCCUACGCCGACAGCCUUGACACCGUCGGUGUGCUCGCUGGCAGCGUCUCGGACGUCGAGGCCGUGUUCGACGUCAUCUCCGCCCCGGACGAGCACGACAUGACGUGUGCGUCAGCCGAGCGGCGGUCUUCCCUCCCCGACCCGCCCUCCUCGCUCAAAGGUCUCCGUAUCGGUCUCCCGAUCCAGACCCACGCCAAGGGCUGCGAGCAAGUCGACCCCUCCCUUCUCGAGUAUCUGCGCAGCGAGGGCGCGACCCUCGUCGCGCUCACGAUGCCCAGUCUCCGCCUAGCCCUGCCGGCAUACUACGUCCUGUCUGCGGCGGAGGCGGCGUCGAAUCUAGGCCGUUUCGGGGGAUCGUGGUACGGCCCCUCUGCGCCAGAUGUGGAGGGAGAGAGCGGGGCAGAGCGGCGCAAGCGCCUGCGCACAGAGGGUUUCGGGGAGGAGACGCGCAAACGCAUCCUCGCCGGCACAUAUGCGCUGACAGCUGACGCGUUCCGCAACUCGUACCUCAAAGCUCUGCAUCUCCGGCGGCAGGUGCAGGCCGAUUUUGAGCAUGUGUUUGGCGGCGUCGAUGUGAUUCUGACCCCGACGGCGGUGGGCAUUGCUCCCCGCGUCGAUGGGAAGGACGCAGAGGGCGUCCCCGGAGCUGAAUACCUCCAGGACGUGCUUACCGUGCCCGCCUCACUGGCCGGACUGCCCGGCAUGUCCGUCCCGAGCGGAACGAGGGAGGGCUGGCCCGUGGGUACCUCCGUCACGGGGCCUUGGGGCAGCGAGAAGACCGUAUUCGAGCUCGGACGGGGCAUCGAGCGAUGGAGGCAGCAGAGUUGA